UUUCCCAGGGAACAGAGAAGCGGGCAGUGCUCGGCGGCGGCGGCCGUCCUGAGGCGGGUAGUCUGUCGUCCGGAGCCCGCCUGCAGCGGGGCCAGGGGCUCCCUCGCGCGCGGAGGUCGCGGGCUCGGCCAGGCCCUUGCCCUCCUCCCGUGGCGCCGGGCUGCCCAGCUGCGCGACCCCCCGUCGCCCUGAGAAGGAGACGACGCGCAGGAGGAGGCGGCGGCGGCAGCAGCCUCCUCCACUACCGCCUCGUCGCUCCGGCCCUGAGGAGGCGGCGGCGGCGGCAGCAGCGCUGCUGAGCAGGUUUUGUAGUGCUCUCCCAAGCAUGAAUUCAGAAUGAAGCGACGAUUGGAAGACCAGGAGUCACCUGUGUAUGCGUCACAGCAGAGACGUAUCGCCAGCAACACAGAACCUUUUCAACACCAGCAUCGCAUGCUUGCUCCAGCACCUCCUGUAUAUGAGUCUGUACCAGAGACCAUGCAAUCUGCUGCUGGAAUCCAGUAUUCUGUAACGCCCAACUACCAGGUGUCCACUGUGCCACAGAGCUCCAGCAGUCAUGGGCCUGCCCUAGCAGCUGUCCACAGUGGGCAUCACCACCCCACCCCGGUCCAGCCUCAUGGGAGCCAGGUGGUCCCGAGUCAUGCUCACCCCACCCCGCCAGCAGCACCCGUGCAAGGCCAGCAGCAGUUCCAGAGGCUGAAGGUGGAAGAUGCCCUCUCCUACCUUGACCAAGUGAAGCUGCAAUUUGGUAGCCAGCCUCAAGUCUACAAUGACUUCUUGGACAUAAUGAAGGAAUUCAAAUCUCAAAGCAUUGACACUCCAGGAGUGAUCAGCCGGGUUUCUCAGCUGUUCAAAGGCCACCCUGAUUUGAUUAUGGGUUUCAACACUUUCCUGCCCCCUGGCUACAAAAUCGAAGUGCAGACUAACGACAUGGUGAAUGUAACGACACCAGGGCAGGUCCACCAGAUUCCCACCCACGGCCUCCAGCCCCAGCCUCAGCCCCAGCCUCAGCAUCCAUCUCAGCCAUCCGCACAGUCCGCUCCGACGCCAGCACAGCCAGCUCCACAGCCACCGCCUGCCAAGAUCAACAAGCCAUCCCAGCUGCAGACGCAUACGCCAACCAGCCAACAGACUCCCCCGCUCCCGUACGCGUCCCCUCGCUCGCCACCGGUGCAGCCCCACACGCCUGUGACAAUCUCCCUUGGAACCACACCGUCCCUCCAGAAUAAUCAGCCGGUUGAGUUUAAUCAUGCCAUCAACUAUGUCAACAAGAUAAAGAAUCGUUUCCAGGGACAGCCAGACAUUUACAAAGCUUUCUUGGAGAUCCUCCAUACCUAUCAGAAAGAGCAGCGGAAUGCCAAGGAGGCCGGAGGCAACUACACCCCAGCGCUGACAGAACAGGAGGUGUAUGCCCAGGUGGCCCGCCUCUUCAAGAACCAGGAGGACUUGCUCUCGGAGUUUGGGCAGUUCUUGCCAGAUGCCAACAGCUCUGUGCUGUUAAGCAAGACCACGGCAGAAAAAGUGGAGUCUGUGAGAAAUGACCAUGGGGGCACAGUCAAGAAGCCCCAGCUCAACAGCAAGCAGCAAAGGCCCAACCAGAAUGGCUGCCAGAUCCGGCGGCAUGCCACAGCUGGGACAACCCCUCCCGUGAAGAAGAAACCAAAGCUACUUAAUCUGAAGGAGCCACUGCCAGAAGCCAGCAAGCAUGGGACAGAGUCUUUGUUCUUUGACAAGGUCCGCAAAGCUCUGCGCAGCACCGAAGCGUAUGAGAAUUUCCUUCGUUGCCUAGUAAUUUUUAAUCAGGAGGUGAUAUCCCGAGCUGAACUUGUACAGCUGGUUUCUCCAUUUUUGGGGAAAUUCCCAGAGCUAUUUACUUGGUUUAAAAACUUCCUAGGCUACAAAGAGUCUGCACACAUGGAGACGUUUCCGAAGGAACGGGCUACAGAGGGGAUAGCAAUGGAAAUAGACUAUGCCUCUUGUAAGAGGCUGGGCUCCAGCUACCGAGCCUUGCCAAAGAGUUACCAGCAGCCCAAGUGCACAGGUCGGACUCCGUUGUGUAAGGAGGUUUUGAAUGACACCUGGGUCUCAUUUCCUUCUUGGUCUGAGGACUCCACGUUUGUGAGCUCUAAGAAGACACAGUAUGAAGAGCACAUCUACCGAUGCGAGGAUGAACGAUUUGAGCUGGACGUUGUCUUGGAGACCAAUCUGGCAACCAUCAGAGUCCUAGAGACGAUACAGAAGAAACUGUCCCGCUUAUCUGCUGAAGAGCAAGCCAAAUUCCGGCUGGACAACACCUUGGGUGGGUCCUCAGAAGUUAUCCACCGCAAGGCACUGCAGAGGAUAUAUGCAGACAAGGCAGCUGACAUCAUUGAUGGACUUAGGAAAAACCCGGCGGUUGCAGUACCCAUUGUAUUGAAAAGGUUAAAAAUGAAAGAAGAAGAGUGGCGAGAAGCCCAGAGAGGAUUCAACAAAGUGUGGCGGGAACAGAACGAGAAAUACUACCUGAAAUCCCUCGACCACCAAGGGAUCAACUUCAAACAGAAUGACACCAAGGUCUUAAGAUCAAAGAGUCUUCUCAGUGAGAUUGAGACGAUUUAUGAUGAGAGGCAAGAACAGACCUCUGAAGAUAAUGCUGGCCCUCACCUGUCUCUGGCCUACGAAGAUCGGCAGAUCCUGGAAGAUGCAGCCUCUCUGAUCAUCCACCACGUGAAGCGGCAGACAGGCAUCCAGAAGGAGGACAAGUACAAAAUCAAGCAGGUCAUGUAUCACUUCAUCCCAGACUUGCUCUUUGCCCAGCGGGGUGAGCUCUCAGACGUUGAGGAAGAGGAAGAGGAAGAGCUGGAUGGGGACGAAGGCUCUGGGUCUGUGAAAAAACACAAUGGUGUCGGAGGCAGCCCCCCUAAAGCCAAACUGCUGUUCAGUAAUACCGCAGCCCAGAAGCUGUGUGGGAUGGAUGAUGUCUACAACCUCUUCUACGUCAACAACAACUGGUACAUCUUCCUCCGCCUCCACCAGAUCCUGUGUUUGCGACUGCUCCGGAUAUACACUCAGGCCGAGCGGCAGAUAGAAGAGGAGAGUCGGGAACGAGAGUGGGAGCGGGAAGUGCUGGGCGUCAAGCGGGACAAGAGCGAUAGCCCUGCCAUCCAGUUGCGGUUGAAGGAGCCCAUGGAUAUUGAUGUGGAAGAUUAUUACCCUGCUUUUCUGGACAUGGUGCGGAACCUGCUGGAUGGUAACAUGGACUCUUCUCAGUACGAGGAUUCUCUUCGUGAGAUGUUCACCAUUCAUGCCUACAUUGCCUUUACCAUGGACAAGCUGAUUCAGAGUAUUGUUCGACAGCUUCAGCAUAUAGUGAGUGAUGAAAUAUGUGUGCAGGUGACAGAACUCUACCUGUCGGAGAACACCAGCAGCGCUACUGGAGGCCCACUGUCCUCCCAGUCUUCUCGCUCCCUUCCGGAGACAGCGUACCAGCGUAAAGCUGAGCAGCUCAUGCAAGACGAGAACUGCUUCAAGUUGAUGUUUGUCCAGAGCAGAGGCCAUGUUCAGUUAACUAUUGAGCUGCUGGACACAGAAGAGGAGAACUCAGAUGAUCCUGUUGAGGCAGAGCGUUGGACUGACUACGUGGAUCGGUACGUCAACUCUGAUUCUACCUCUCCCGAACUCCGGGAACAGUUGGCUCAAAAGCCCGUAUUUCUGCCCAGGGGUUCUCUGCUUUACAGGAAUCUGAGGAGGAUCCGCAAGUGUCAGCGGGGUCGGGAGCAGCAGGAGAAGGAAGGGAAGGAGGGGAACAGUAAGAAGCCCUUGGAGAACGUGGAGAGCUUGGACAAGCUGGAGUGCAAAUUCAAGCUGAACUCCUAUAAGAUGGUGUAUGUGAUCAAGUCAGAGGAUUACAUGUACCGGAGGACCGCUCUCCUGCGUGCUCAUCAGUCCCACGAAAGAGUGAGCAAAAGGCUGCACCAGCGAUUCCAGGCCUGGGUGGACCGGUGGACCAAGGAGCAUGUGACCCGCGAAAUGGCCGCUGAGACAAGCAAGUGGCUUAUGGGGGAAGGCCUGGAAGGCCUGGUGCCCUGCACCACCACCUGUGACGCGGAGGACCUGCACUUUGUGAGCAUUAACAAGUACCGCGUCAAAUACGGCACAGUGUUCAAGACGCCCUAAACUCCAAGGGGAGAGGAAGAUCCAGAGCUGGGGGGUGCACGUUCGUGUGUGUGUGUGUGUGUGCGCGCGCGCAUCGACAAGGAAGAAGCGCCCCCUCCCCACCAUGUAUCGCUGUAGCAGCAGCCACCUCUUGACUAGUUCAUAGCUGGUACAUCCUGUCGCCCCCAUGCUGAGAAACCGAAGCUGGAACUGUCCUCAGGGGGCCGAGAUCUCCGCAUGCACCGUGGCAGGGGGAGGGAGGGAGCUGGGGCAGGUCUGAGUAGCUGUAGAGAACUCCACCUUGCCCAAAACACACACACACACACACACACACAGCAGCAGCCGUUGCCGCAUUCUACACAAUAUGGGCAUCAGGGACAAGAGAGAUGCUCUGAAUAACCUGCCCAGUUCUGGUGCAUUUAAACACACACACACCUUACGGCCAGAAAGGCCUUGUCACUUGCCCAGACAGGAUGAGUCCCGGAAGCCGCCGCUUUUGUGGCAUCCUCCACCAGCUCCCUGGGCUCGACAGUCCAGCUGCCAGAAACACACCAACUUGUGCAUCUGCCCCCUCAACUCUCUUUCCUCCUUUUCUCCGUGGCCCUCCUUGUGACCUGGACUCCUGACUUAUAGAAACCAAUUAAGAUCAGCCUGUUCUUUCUAGUGCCAGUGGAACGAUUGUUUUUGUUUUUGGUUUGGUUUUUUUGUACCUGCUUGUUUACUAGUUUCUCUUAGUGCCAUGCACCAGCUUUACUUACACACACGCACACACACACACACACACACACACACACACUUUCACAAUAGCAGCAACCAAUUUUAAACUGGUUUCCCACCCCCUUCUUUUUUUUGUAAAUAAAUGUACAUAUUUGUCAAUUUUUUUAUUAAAGACCGUAUGCUUGAUGUGCUAGUAGAGCUGUACUAGCUUCUUGUGUACUUUAGUACCAGGUGGCUUCAGGUUUUAGUACCGACAGACAGAGCAACGAAGACAUUUUAUUAUACUUUCUACCAAAGGGAGUUAUCAUUGUAGUGCUUUGUGUGGAAAUUGUUUCUCCUUUUUGUAUUAAAGAGAAAAAAAAAUAACAAAAAUUAAGAAGAAGAAUACAUCUUGGUUCUUACCAGAGGCAGAUGUGUGUUCACCAGUCCACCCCCCCACCCACCCAACCCCUGUUCUGAGAGGUGCAUUGUUGUAAAUUGUGGGCAAGGGGACACCUAACCCAAAUGUGUUCUUGGCUUCACAGUGGAAGGGGAGAAAAGGGACGCGUGUGAGUGAGUGAGAGAGCACAUGAGAGAGAGUAUGUGUGUGUUGUGGCAGCUUAACAGGAGCAUAUUUCAAGCAGCUUGUUUUUAUAUAUGAAUAUAUAUUACAAAAAUUUUAUUUCCUUAUUUGGAUUUUUUGGGGUGGGUGGGCGGGCGGGCGUGUAGCUUCUUAUCUGCCUAGUCUUCCAGCUCAGAAAAUCUGCACUUCCGGAGAGUGUUGCUGAGCUAUCUAGAUGGGGUUGACUGUGUGUUAUGCGUGUCUCUUCUCAGUAUUGGAGAGAAUAUCCUAAAUACCAAACCAGUAUUUGACAGAGAGUGGUGUGUGUGUGUGUGUGUGUGUGUGUGUGUGUGUGCGCGCGCGCGCACGCAAAGAGUGCAGGGAGAGGAGAAGAGGGGUGGAGUUUUGUGAUUUCAUUAGUGAAAUACCAAGAGCGGGAAUAUCUAUUUUUUUAGAAAGUUUGGUGAUGGCAGAUACUUAAAAGGACAAGAUAUGGGUGCUCCUUAAAAAAAAAAAAUAAGAAGUUGCCGGUGGUGGUGGUGGUGGUGGUGGUGGUGGUGGUGGUGGUGGUGGUUUUACAGGGCAGCAAAGGCAACCAUUUUUGUGUCUCCCCUCCUCUAAGGAGCCACCAUCUCCUCAAAGCAAUGAAGCCAAGAGCUAUAAAAACAGAGCUUGCUGGUUUGGGGUCUGCCCCCCGCCCCCCGCCUGCUUGCUUAAGUUUAUCCGAGGGUUUUCCAGGUGGGUAGCUGUCCCCCCCUCUCAGAACAGUGUUGCCACAGUCCAAGAUGGGGAGAUGGAGAGGAGGAAGAAGGUCAGCAAGGGGAUUCUCUCUCCUGCAGCCAGAUGGGGUGUGAUGGGUCCACAGUUAGGAGGUGGGGUGCACAGGGGAGAUCCGGCUGUGGCAGUCCAGACCGGUGAGCAGGAACCCAACUGGGGAGUUGUUUCAGUAUGCCAGCAAUAAGCUAACCUACCCUCGCGGCCCCUUCCCUCGGCCUGUUAAAAGAGGGUUGGGGACGGGAUGCCGCCGCUACUGUGUCCUCUUCCGUUGCACGGGGUUCUUGUAUGCUUCCCUGCUUCUUGCCCUCUGUGUCCUCUCCGAUAUUUCUCUCCUGUGUGUGAAAGAUCGGUUUAGACUUUUACAAUCUUGGACGAUAACUGCAUCUCUGCCAGAGGUUCUUUCCGAGGAAGACCGGAAGAGCAGGGCAGACGUUUUUCUGCCCAAAAUGUAUCCCAGGGGUGGGGAGAAAAUGGCACAUCCAAGAAUAAAACCAAGGGGGCCACUCCCUCCUGUAGCAGGGUUUCAUGACACAGCUUCCCCCUCCCUCCCUCUCUCCCCCCCCCUUUCCCCUACCCUCAUCUCCUGAUGUCUGACAUCUGAGCUCCAAGCUCUUGUCCUGGCCUGUACAAUAGCAAAAGAGUUUUUUUUUCCUCCUUCUUUAUUUUAAUUGCUUUUUGUAUUCUGUAAUGUGCUCCUUUUGCCACCAAUUCAUGUGAUGAUUUCUAUACAGAUGUUGUAAACCUGACUGUAGUGCAGUAUUUCCAUUAAAAUAUCAGGGCUACUCGUGUA